AUUGCGUGACCAGUACACACUGUGGAAUGUUUACAAUAGUUUUCGGCGAUCUUCUUUAAGUAAUUCAUCUGUAUGUGCAGCCAAUAAGCCCGUAACCUUCUAUUAAAGCACUUGCUUUAAGUUGAACGCGAUACCCCGAAAAAGGAAAGGCAAGUACUCCGCUGUAAAUCUGGAUUAACGCUUUUAACGUGACCUGCUUGGAUUAUUAAGAGAAGGGCGAGGCUUAUUCCUCAAUUUAGUUGAGGGGGCACCACAAUCCUCUACAUCAAAGUUGCGUUCGGCGCGUUAAUCGAGGAUGGAUAACCGAGGGUUUGCGGCGGACUGGUACGGGCGAUCCAUGCCGCCCCCACCCCAGCCCGGGUACGAGUAUAGCCGUCGUCCGGAGAGAGAUGAUCGCUACAAUAAGAGACGCAGGGAGUCGAGCAGUUCGAGCAGCUCUGACUCUCGGGCGCGAUGGAGUGUGGAGAUUCCACCAGACGGUGGGAUGUGGGCCUGGGUAGUGGUGCUCGCAGCCGCCCUCCUCCAUGUAUGCAGCGAGCUUGUAUACUUUGUCUUCUAUGACACUAUCGUGAUCAACAAGUACCGGAACCUGCGCCUCGCAGGACUCGGCAAAACACCCACGGACUUCUACGGCGAGUUCAUGGUGUUCGAGAAUGUGAGAUUCACCGGAGAGAUUGUGGCGGCAUUUUUCUCCGUGUUCAUCGGUUACAGGGUGGUGGCGGCGGCGGGGGCCUUCUGUGUGCUGGGAGGCUUCCUGGGCGCCUCGUUCGUCGCGCCUAGUGAAGAGAUAGAACUCGUGGGGUUCCUCGUCGGCUUCCUCGGUGGUAUUGGCGUGUCAUUCUGGCGGUUCGCAGCUUAUGUCGCUGUGAUGGAGUACUUCCGGCGUCACAGGAUGGCCGCAAUCAUCCUGUCAGGAAUGGGACGCGUCGUCGGCAUCUUCGCCGGUUAUGGCAUUCUUGCGCGUCCAUUGGAACAACUCUGGCCUGAUAGCGACGCCACGGAGACUGACAUCACAGAUAUGACGUCAUGGAAGGUGUACUACCGGUGUCAAUGCGCCAUGGCAGGUGUGGCAUUUGUGGCGGCGCUAUUUAUCCGUCCGUUGUCCCUUGCAACCGCAAGACGCGGGGAUGGCUGUGAGGUGUUCCUCCGGGUCCGCGACACACGCGUAUGCCGGGGAGGGAUGCUUAUAUUCCUUCUCUUCGUCUAUUUCAUCUACUACUUCGGGGAGUCCCUGCCUGCCACGGAGCUUGUAGACUGGCUGUUUAAGGAGGGCUUCUCCGGGGAACACACGCUCGGCAUACUGUUCGCACUCGCCAGUGGCGUUCUUCUCGGAUACCUUCUCCUCAUCUUCUGGCCCAAGAAGAAGAAGUUUUACGACACGAUGUUAUGGCUUGGACUGCUGUGCCUGCUGAUGGGGCUGCUCACCCUUCAACUUCCGGUGUUCACGGCACCCUACACCUCCUAUCUCUGCACAUACACGAUCGUGUUCGCCGCCUCACAAGUGAUGUUCGAGUCAAUUCUGCGGUAUGUGAUUCCUAUCGCGUUCGGGAGACAGUACAUCCGGUGGGUGGAGGGACUGCUUGGGCUGGCUGCAGGGGGUGCCACCAUCGCAAACAACUUCAUAGCCAAGGAGUUACGUAAGAAGGAUGGGGGCGUGGACAACGUGUACUAUUUCGCGGGCGCCGCUUUUCUGGCGGCUGGGGUUUUGGCCGUCGUCACCAUGCAAAUCAUCUUAUGCUUCAAGUUUAAAGACCGGAACCACGAAAAGGAGUCGGUAGAGCCUGUUAUCCAGGAAAUGAGCCGAAAUGAGGAGCUGCGGGCAAGCAGACGCGACCCCUCCCCCGCCAAGAACUACUUGGGAUACUCGUACCGUGCAUAAACAACGGCGAACUUAUAAGUGGGUGUCUGUGGUCGACACAACUACGGGCAAGAUGUUAGCUGGGACCAAUACCAAUGCCAUAUACAUGUAUAUCUAGAUGUCACAGUUGUACACAGUGUGUAAGCAAUGUCGUUUGUGGGCGUUGCAGAUAUGACAAGACUAAGGAUGGUAUUUUAGCGUAUGCCGUGCUCUAUGCGGCAACAAUUUAUUAAAUUAUAUUUCGAUGUGUUUCAGCUUGUGCGACCUUUUGCUGCCAAAUUAUAGCAUUUAAAUAUUUACUUUUAAGUAUUAUAUAUUUGUACACUUUCUCAUGACAUGUACAUAUUCGCUAUCACGGUAUAUGGGAGAUAUUAUGUUCGUAUAUGUAACAUUCAAUUGACACCUUUGUUCACCCGUCCAAUUAAAGUAGGACCAUUUUACGUUUGAGAGCUGUUCAAAUAUUUGAAGGCGGAUUAUUUGCUAUUGUCAACUGGAUUGAAACUACAGAGUUUGUAUUUAGUUAUUGGAUAGCAUUAUCACUAUUUGUAUUUUGUAAUGUACCUUUUUACAUGUUCUAUAAAAAAUUGUCCUGCAAUGUAUCAUGUACUCGAACAUUUAAACAAUGUAAAUAAAACUGAAAAACAAA